AUGGAUGACCCAGAAAUUUCUCCUAAAUUGGACCCUGGAGAUUAUGAAGAUAGAUAUCCGAAGAGAAAUCGUAAAAGCAAGAUUGAAGAUUUAAGUUCACUAGAAGAUGCAGAACUACAAAAUUACAUAGCCGAGAAACCCACUAAAUUGCCUUAUGAUAUUGAUGAGAUACUUACUUCACCUGACUUUGAAUAUGAUGAUGUUGUUAAAAGUAUUCCUGUUGAAGGUUGUUGCUUUAUAUUUUUUAGAAAAAAUAGUUUUUGUGUUUUUAAAGACUUCACGAUGGAUUACAUUAAAUCGACUGGCCUUACUACACCACUUUUCUUUUAUGUUCCACCGCAAAAGCUGGGAAUGAAGACGCCUGUUCAGGAGCGUAAAGAAUUAUUUAAUGUGCUUUCACUUGAAUUUAGUUCAACACCUUUGGCAGAUCUAGUAAGUGCUCCUGCUUUUGUACCAAAAAUAGACUGGAUUGACAAUGUAUGGCCAAAGGAAUUAUUUAAACGUCAGGAGAAUCUUUUGAGUAAAAGUUCAUGGGCACGCGAACAGGAUUUUUCAACUUAUCCAAAAGUCCAAAGAUAUUGCUUAAUGAGUGUUGCUAAUUGUUUUACUGAUUACCACGUUGAUUUUGGUGGCACCUCUGUUUGGUAUCAUAUUUUAAAAGGAGAAAAGGUCUUCUGGCUGAUUGAACCAACUGAAGAAAAUUUAAAAUUGUAUGAGGAAUGGAUACUUGGUGGCAGUAACAAUUCCUGUUUUUUCGGCAAAAUUGUAAAUAAAUGUACACGACUAUUUCUUAAGCAAGGAGCUACGCUGAUAAUUCCUUCUGGUUGGAUUCAUUGCGUUUAUACACCAUGUGAUUCACUUGUAUUUGGUGGAAAUUUUCUUCAUUCAUUUUCCAUGCCAAUGCAAAUACGGGUUUCUCGUUCUGAAGAUAGGAUAAAGAUUGGAAGCAAAUACAGAUUUCCUCACUUCAAACAAAUUUUUUGGUGUUAUUUAGCCAAGGUGGUAAAAUUAGCGACUGGGCGAGUUUAUCAAAAAAUGCCGACUGUAGAAGCUUUUGUUGAUAAGGAAAUUGAUUUUGAGGGAACAUAUACAUUCAACCCUAUUCAACUUAAAUUUGGUGAUCAAGACCCUGAUCUAUUUAUACCUUCGGAACAUUAUGAUAUGGAAUACUUGCAUUCACUUUCACCUUUUGAAAUAAAUGGUCUUCAUUCACUUGUCAGAUUUAUGAAGCGCUUAUUAAAUUCAAAACAACCUGAAGUGAUUGAAGGAAUAACUCGACCAGCUCAUUUAAUUAUGGAACUCAAAGCUCUUUUAAACAAAAUCAAUUCAUUGGACCAAUUGAAUUUGCGCAAGGACAUUGAGCUAUUUCAGAAGAAGUCUAAAAUAUGUGGAUUUGCAGAGUGUACAAUUGACAAUAAAAAUCUAUUUCACGAACAAAUGGCUUUGGAUGUACAAGUACCUCGUAAAUCAAAAGCAGCUCGCCGAAACAUUUUGAAGUUGACAAAGAAAAAGCAAGAAUCAAAUCAACCUAUUUUAGUGGAUGGAUUACCUCUUCCUACAUUAGCGGCAGCCGAAGAAUCCUCCGGAAAUGGAUAUAAUCCUAUUGCUCAAGUGGUUAAACUUGGACAUAAACCAAUUGCUAGUGCUUGGCGACGUUCAUCCAAUAUGGUCAAAGCUUUGCCAUCAACCUCAGUUUCAAUUUUGAAAAGAAAAUCAUCUGAUUUUGAGCAACCAUCUACUACUGAAAGUGGUGAAACUUCUACUGCUGAUUCAAAUUUGCAAAUCAAGACAGAUCUCAAUGAACAACCAAUGUCUUCAGCUAUGGCUCAAUCCUCAAUGGAAUUUAAAAAUGCUUCAGAUGUAAAACCUGUUGUUCCUAAAAAAAACAAAGCUAAAUUCAAAAUUACUCGAAAAAUUAUUGAGAUGCAUGAUGAUUCACCUGAAUUUGUACAUCGUUCACCUCUUCAACGUUUUACUUCUGUUUGUCAACCAAAUAACAAAAAUUCUACGAACACUUUUGAGCAACCAGCAAGAGUCAAUAAUGCUAAUUGGAAUUCUAAUAAUGUCAAGCCUCCUACUGAACAAACUCAAAACCAACAACAAGUUUUUCAAAACCAACAAAGUUUCGCUCCGCGUAGAACUUUUAACAACCGUCAAAGAUUUGAAUCUGGAUCACGAUGGAAUGAUUCAUAUAAUAAUGAUGGACAUGAUCAAUAUAAUAACUUUGGUGUUCAUUCUUCCUUUCAAAAUUCUCCAUUUUAUCAUCAAGGAGGACGAGGUCAACAAAAUAGAUUUAGUAGGCCUUCAGAACAUCGAAGACAAACAUUUGAGCAACCAGCAAGAGCCAACUGGAACUCUAGUAAUAAUAGGAAAUAUGGUGACAAUUGGAACUCUAGUGAUAAUUGGAGAGCUGGUGAGUGGGUAGCUGGUGAGAGUUGGAAUUCUAACGAUAAUUGGAAAUCUGGUGACAAUUUUACCUCAAUGGAUCAAUCAUCUGCUGUUGAAAGAGUUGCGGAAAGAGCUACUACACCAGAGAAGAAUGAUUAUUUUGAGAAACGGAAUGAUAUACAAAUCGAGCCAAAGCAUCAGCAACAACCAGAAGAGUCACAGCCAAUAGAUACAGCAGUUAAUGAACUUCAUCAAAUUACUCAAAUAAUGAAUUUUCCAUGCGGUGCAUAUCCCUAUUCAUCUGUGGAUUGUGUUAAUAUUGCGCAUAUACCGCUUCCGCCUUCACCAAAAGCUGAGUUUUUCCAUACUCCAUUUACUGACAAUAAUAGUGUUUCAACUUCAACAAAUGUUUCAUCAGAUCCAUUUACAGAGGUUGAUCAACUUGCACAACUAGGGCAAAUGAUGCAUGAAUAUUGA